AUUGAAUGACAAGUGUGAAGUUUAGAAGCAGUUAACGUUAUUGAUAAGACAAUGACGCACAAAACACGUCAUAACAAAACGCAUUCUAUAGCUUUGUUUUAGUAUAUGUCAUAAACCACAGGUGUAUAUAACCCAUACGUAUGGCUUGUCGGUUAUAUAUAUAAGCAGAAAGAAUUAUUUGCAGAUCAGAAAGUCUUACGGUGUAGUUGGCGCAACAUACGAAAUAGACCAUAACUGUUUCUUUAUCUUUAUAUCAGAUCAGAUAGAGCUACUGCGUAUAACGCUAAAAUAAACAUGGGUAUCAAGUUUCUGCUGAUAGUUUGUGUGCUUGGCCUUUUCAAGGAUUCUGUCGCACAGACCCCACUUUUUUGCUACCCGCCAGUGAGUGUCGCGUUCGCCCUAUACACACCUCUACGAGCUUCCUACCCCAUUGGCACUACAAUAAUUUUCACAUGUAGAUCCGGUUACACAUUCGCUCCAUCAAGCGGACAGUCCGCAGUAUGCGAACGAACAAACAACGCUGCCCGCGUUACAUGGAGGAUACAGAACAACCAAAAUACCAUCUCUUGUAUACCUGCUGGGCCAGGACCGGUCACUGCGGGACCAGUAACCCUACCAGUUAUUAUACCAACUGCUUCCGUUGCCCCAGCAAUAUUAUCUUGCGGCCAAUGCCCGCUAAGAUCCACAUGCCAACAAUACAACAACGCUCCUAUCUGUGUUUGUAACGACGGUUACUUCAACGCAUACGGAAUUUGCAGAGAAAGAAGUGAUGCCGUACCAGCACAAUGCCGGGCCCAAGGUUGCCCACCAAACAGCGACGCAUAUCUUCUCGAUGGUCGAUAUGUCCACAUUUGUAAACCGACCCACUUCGUGUACGGCAGUAUAUGUGCGCCAAGACAAGUUACACCAUCAAUCACAAGAUGCUCCAUCCCUGCGGUCGGUGGUAACGUCAUCAUCCUUGCUCCAGUGGAUAAAAGGUUCUGGAAUCUUGGCGAAGUCAUCAGUUAUACUUGCCCCUCACCCAUGGUUGCCACUCCCGCCGAUCACCGGCAAGCUACAUGCAUGAGCUCAGGUCUUUUCAGCAACCCUUCACCGUCCUGUGUGAUGCCAGCAACAGCAAGAACCACGACCCAAGCUCCAGUCACACAAGUUAACAUCCGUUGUGUCAGACCACCAAUCCCAGUCAACGGUCAAGUCAUUGCCACAAACAACCAAGUAUCGUGGGGUGUAGGACAACGUGUGUUCGUGCGUUGCAACCCAGGCUAUCAGCUAACAGGAGACAACUCAUUCGUUUGCCUCUCUAACGGACGAUGGUCCCAAGUCGUCAUCAUUUGUGCUUUGCCCACAAGACAACCUGACGUCACAGCACCUUGCUACUCUCCAAUUGCACCAGAGAACGGUUUCGUUUCACCAGUUGGCGACUUCACAUGGAAUGCUGGCGACCAAGUUACAUACAGUUGCCGACCUGGCUACAUCCUCACAAGACCCGCCGUCCAAACUUGUCAAGCAAAUGGAAACUUCUCGAGUUCUCCACCAGAAUGUGUUCGUUCUACCGCCACUUGCGAACCACCACCGGUUCCCUUCUAUGGCUCGCAUGAUAAACAAGACAUGACAGUAUUCGCUCAAGGUACUCGAGUUACAUACACUUGCAACACUGGUUACACUAUGUUUGGAACUGCUACCAUUGUGUGCCAGGCAGGCGGACAGUACUCGAGCCCAGCACCUACUUGCAUCGGAAGCGGCGUACAAACCAGACCUGCAGUCCAGCCAACAGUUGGAAUCGUUCAACCUACCGCUAUCGUCAUCACAUGCCCAGAGCCAGUACCACCACAAAACGGUUAUAUCUCAGCCGGUCAAAAGCAAGUCUACUUCCCAGGCAACUUUGUAACAUUUGAUUGUCGAGGCCCUUACGUCAUCCAAGGAAAUCCACAAGUCAUCUGCCAAGGAACCGGACAAUUCACACCAACCAAUCUUGUCUGUAUUCUGCCAAGAGUUCCAGUCACAUUGCCACCAGUUGUCCCAACAGUUCCCUUCCGCACGCUUGUUCGAGUGACUACUAACCCACCACCCGUAGUUAAUGUAGUUACUUGCACCAACCCCCCUGUACCAGCAUUUGGCGUUUCUUCGUCCGCCACGUACCAGGUUGGAUCAGCUUUUACAUACCAAUGCCAACCUGGAUAUAUCGUUGCCGGAGACACUUUCACAAUCUGCCAGUCCAACGGUCAAUUUGAAACCAAAAUUACAUCAUGCGUAUUAGUUCCGCCAAUCACAACAACAGUGUCGGCGCCAAUUGGUUGCCCGAGGCCGAACCCUCCCACGAAUGGAUACAUUUUGGGCGAAUCAACUUUCUGGGGCAUCGGCCAGAUGCUUCUGUACGCUUGCAACCCAGGGGCCAACCUUGUCGGCAGCGAAGGCGUGCUGUGCCGUCCGGACGGUACCUUCGACCCCGCCCCCCAAUGCAUAAAUGUCCGCCCGCCAUCAGCUUCAUGCACCCCUUCACCGCCACCUAACGGUCGCAUCCGACCAGAUGGGAAAACAGGGUACAUACCCUUAGACGUCAUCACCUACGAAUGUAACAGCGGAUACGUCGGAGUUGGUUUGCCAACAGCCGUAUGCUUGAGUGAUGGACAAUGGCGUGCUGACCGUUUCGUUUGCCGACCUUCGCUAGACCGUGCUCUUAUUCCCAACACAUGCCUUGCUAGCGACAUCACACCUGACAACGCAAUCCUUGUUCCUCCCACCAAGCUUAUUUACAACGCUUACGACACUAUAACUGUUCAGUGCCUCCCAGGGUUCGAAUUAGUUGGUGAUGCUACUGGGACUUGCACUGAAGAUGGCCCUCAUUUCGUUAACCUUCCACCACGAUGUGUUCAAUCACUUCUUGGAGCAGCCAUAUCCGCGAUCACCGGGUAAAGAGAUCAACACAGGGAAUUCCCCUAUUAUGUACAGUAUUAACUCUAAGCGAAAGUUAUUCAGAUUUUUGUAUCAACAUUCGCAAUAAACCUACUUUGAAAUUAAA